AUGGACAUCGAAGCAUUCCGCAAAGCCGGUUACGCAGCUGUCGAUCGGAUCUGCGAUUACUAUUCUUCGCUCUGCAACCUUCCGGUUUGCUCGGCUGUAUCUCCUGGCUUUCUGUGCGAGUACAUCCCUCUUACUCCACCCGAAGAAGGCGAACAAUUUUCCAAGAUCGACUCGGACUAUCAUACGAUAAUCAUGCCCGGCAUUACGCAUUGGCAGCACCCCAACUUUUACGGCUACUUUCCCUGCAAUGCCACUUUCGAAGGUGCUAUUGCGGAUCUUUACGCUGCUAGCAUCAGCAACCCUGGCUUCAACUGGUCCGUUUCGCCUUCGGUCACAGAGCUGGAGAUUCUCAUGGUUGAUUGGGUAGGAAGAAUGCUCGGGUUGAACGAUGAGUGGUUGAGUACGAGCAAGAGUGGGAAGGGAGGAGGCGUCAUUUUGGGAAGCGCCAGCGAGGUGGCAUUGACAGUUGCUAUCGGGGCUAGGGAGAAGUGUCUACGCAUCCUGAGCGAGCAGCAGGAGUCUGUCGAAUCGACCAAUGAAGUCAAUGGAUACGGGCGAGUGAGCGGUCAAAGCUUGGAUGCGGAUCAAGACACAUCUUCUCACGCUAAGACGACAGCAGAGGCAGGAGAGGAAGCCACGCCUGAUGCAGCAAGUAAGCCUGCCAACUGGAGAGGUGACAUGACCUCUCGUCUGCUCAUGUACGGCACUACACAGACGCACACCAUUGCCGCCAAAGCAGCCUUGUGCUUGGGCUUGGACUUCCGCGCACUACCUGUUUCAGCUCCAGACUACUCGCUCGACGGAUCAACGCUGAGGGAAGCCAUCGCAGAAGACACUGGCGCUGGUCGCAUUCCCUUCCUCCUCAUCGCAACCAUCGGCACAACCUCUUCAGGAGCUAUCGACAAUCUCACCUCCCUUAUCGACGUCGUCCGUCAACACCCAACUCUAUACCUUCAUAUCGAUGCAGCAUACGCCGGUGUCUGUCUCUCCCUCCCCGAGCUGCGUUCGGAAAUGCAUCUCGAUGCAAUCAACUCUCCUGAAGGAGGUGUUGACAGUUUCAGCACCAAUCUCCACAAAUGGGGUCUAGUUCAAUUCGAUUGUUCGCCUCUUCUCCUCAAAGACCGAGGAGACCUAUCCAAAGCUCUCGCUAUCACUCCAGCCUAUCUGAAAACAAAACAGAGCGAUGCAGGUAACGUACUCGAUCUUCGCAACCUUCAGAUCUCACUCGGUCGUCGAUUCCGCAGUCUCAAAAUCUGGUUCGUACUUAGAAGCUUCGGUCUAGAAGGCUUCAGAAAGCAUCUUCGAACAACCAUGUCUCUUGCAGGCUUGUUUGUUGAUAGCUUCAAGAAAGAUCACUCGGGAUUGUUCGAAAUCGUUGCUCCUCCUAGGUGGGCGCUGGUCGUGUUUAGAAUUAAGCCUCCUCAAGGAGGGCAAGGAAAGGGAGUGGAUUUGGAUGAAUUGAACAAAGCGUUCUGGGAAGAUCUGCAAGAACUGUCGGAUAAGUUUGUACUCACCCAGACCAGUCUUCCUGAAGUUGGGUUCUGCAUUCGAUUUGUAGUAGGCAGCCCACAGACGAAGAAGGAGCACGUCGAGCAGACCUGCAGAUUGAUUGCACAAACAGGGAACAAGACUUGGGCUCGCUUCUCUGCCAAUGCUUAA